GGAACAGCGUUUCUAAAACUGCUUGGACAGCGGAUUCUUUGGCCCUCCUGGGUUCCAUCUCAGAGUCACUGUGAGAGCGUGUUCCUGUAAGAAGAGUGAGUGAAUUAAACCACUUCGGCAGAAGAGCCAGGGAGCAGAUGCCGCAGAUGUGGCCCCCUUCCCUUUCCAGACUCCGUAGCACCUGGACCUUCACUCCCCUCCAGCCCUCGGAGAGUUUGGGGGAAGCCCCUGCGGGUGGGAUGGGCUUGAGGGCCGGGAUGGAGCCUGACUCCCGGGAUUGGGAGGGCAGUGGGCAGCGCUGGGGAAUAACGCCCCGGACCCGGAGCCCCGGCGGCACAGCCCCAGACUUCCUGGAAAGCCCAACAGUCUAGACGUGCUGGGUUUAGAUUCUCCCCUCUCCGAGAGUUCUCAGGAAGUUUGGGGGAGGGGCGAGCCGCUGUCUCCCCUUCGGGCGCGGGAGGCUGAGCCGGGACUGCGGCAGCGGCGGGUCUCCAGCUGUCACGUCCCCGCCCACGGGCGGGCUCCGGGGCUCCCGAGGGGGGCGGCCGGGCGCGGGCGGGGGGCAGCGGCGGGCAGAGCGCGCGGGCCGGCAUGGAGGGACUGGUCCUGCUCAACGCCCUGGCCACCCGGCUGCUGUUCCUGCUGCACUCGCUGGUUGGGGUCUGGCGAGUGACCGAGGUGAAGAAGGAGCCGCUGUACUGGCUGCUCGCGCUGCUCAACCUCUUGCUCUUUCUGGAGACUGGGCUCACCCUCAAGUUCAAGCGCGGCAGAGGCUACAAAUGGUUUUCACCAGCCAUAUUUAUCUAUCUGAUUAGCAUUGUUCCAUCAUUAUGGCUUCUUGAAAUGCACCAUGAGACCCAGCAUUGCAGUAGCCAAUCUGAAGGGAUGUCACAAAAUACCAGCAGCAAAGAAAACUUCAAUCAAACUUUGAUGUCAAGUGAACAAGCCAAUGGAGCAGAUGAUCUCAUUAAGACGGCCAAAGUUUUUGUGAAUAACUUAUCUACAGUAUGUGAAAAAGUUUGGACUUUGGGACUCCAUCAGACAUUCUUGCUAAUGCUCAUAAUUGGAAGAUGGCUUCUACCCAUUGGAGGCGGGAUCACUAGGGACCAACUCUCUCAACUUCUCCUUAUGUUUGUGGGAACAGCUGCUGACAUACUGGAAUUCACAAGUGAGACCCUGGAGGAACAAAAUGUGAGGAAUAGCCCUGCCCUAGUCUAUGCCAUCCUUGUUAUAUGGACCUGGAGCAUGCUGCAGUUUCCACUUGACCUGGCAGUACAGCAUGUCGUCUGCCCCUUGUCUGUGGCAAUGAGGGGGUUCCCCAGUCUGUUUUUUUGCCAGUACAGUGCCGAUCUGUGGAACAUUGGAAUCAGCAUCUUCAUACAAGAUGGUCCCUUCCUUGUCGUGCGUCUCAUAUUGAUGACCUAUUUCAAAGUGAUAAACCAGAUGCUGGUGUUCUUUGCCGCAAAGAAUUUCCUUGUGGUGGUGUUACAACUCUAUCGCUUGGUGGUGCUGGGGCUGGAUGUCCGUGCUUCCUUGCGAAAUCGGCCAGGAAGACUGAAAGCAGAGCACAGCUGCCCGUGUGAGCCAGCUGUGAGUGGGAUCUCACCUGGAGAUUGGGCGAGUGGCUCUAAUGGGGGCUUGGGUACCCCCUUGCAGGCCUUGCCUGUCACCCCUCAGCACUCUCACCCCACACCGUAGUUCCUUACUGAUAGCAGCAUGCAGCUAGAACGUUCGACUUUCUGGUUCCUCUUACAGACAGAAUCUACCCCCCCCCCUUCUUUUUUAACUUUGGCAUGUAAUAAUUUUCAAAGGAACAACAUAAAAAGCGAUCUUAAGCCAAAGCCGAGGAAUUUUCUUUUUUCGACUGAAUGGAAAGAACUUUGAUUAGUGGCUAUCGCUACAACUUCUGUGUGAUGGUAUCAGAUGUUAUAGUUGUUCAACGACUAAGUGAUUUGUUUGUCUUGAACUGUUUGAAAAGCUAUGGACAGGGUUACAGUGACAUGCCCUCAAAAAGAUUUAGUGCAGACAAACUGUCAUGGCUGUUACCUGAAAAUAGAGAAGCUUUGAACUUUGGCUCCAUUGUCAGACUAUCUCAUCUGAUCUUUUCUGCAAUGUCCCUGACAUCAAAAAAUGUACAUUCAGUGAAUGCAGAACAAAUGAAGGGAAAAGUGCUUUUAAAAUUACCUCACUGUGAGCUGGAAGCAGUGAAAAUCUCUGCCCAGCUUCCAUGGCAUUGAGAGCUCUCUUCAUCGCUGCACAGACCUUCCCAGGAAAAUCAUUUUUCUGGGCUGAUGUGGUAUUCUGUCAUGGCGCAUAUGCUCUUACAGAAAUUUUAUUGCUUUUGGCUUGGGCACUGCGAAAUUCACAGCAAGCCAUUUCGGUUGUGAGGCAGGAAAUACUGGUAAUGCUAGCAAAGUCACAAUUUCCACCCUGAAACAUGAUUUGCGGUAUUCGUCAGUAUUUUUCUUAACUCUACUUUACCGUUUUCUCCAUUGCCAAGUCGAAUUAUGUGGGUUGAAGCAAGGAAGCACUGAAGCAGUGAAUAAAGGUGUUUCAGUCCCUUUAAGUGUUACCAUAGUUUCUGGAGUCCGCCAGUGGUAGGCAGAACUCCUCUGAGAUGCCACUAUGGAGCCCAGCCUGCCUUUGGUCUCAGGGAAGGUACUGGGGCUGGAGGCUGGCAUCAGCCCUACACACAGCCAACAGCCCUUGAUUAGUGACAGGGCUCAGAAGAUGCCACAGCAUUGUGGAUGUCAGCAAAUUCGCUUUUCUUGCCUGCAUUAACGACUUCACUUCCCCAGUGUUGAAAUAGCCAUACGUUACCCUUUAUACACAUCUGUACUUUCUAGAUGGAGGUCAUUCAGAACCUUUUGAAAUGAUUUUUGCUUUUAAGAUGCAGUGUGGAAAGUUACCUGACUAUAUAGCAGUAAUUACAUGUGAGGCAAGCAGUUCCAAAAACUCUUCUUUUAGGGUUCAAGGCACAAUUCCUGCUUGUUAGUAUGCUGAGGAAUUCAAAGGGACAUGAAAGAUAAGACACAGUAUGACCUUAAGUUGGGUGUGGCUGUGUG